AUGGAAGUUUUCACGCGGCUCUCGGGAGCUCCGCCGCUUUUUACUCGUGCACCUGCAUGCGCUGCACCACGCAGGUGCCACCCCCUUCCGUGCAACUCCUCCCGCAGGUGUACAGCCAUGCAAACAUCGGCAGCUCCCGUCACCCACCCCGUAUGGCCCCCCUUCGGCAGCCUGCAGACCAAAGGCUGCGAGGAUGGCCUCUCGUCCGUCUCGCAACGCCGUCACUAUUCUCGUGCUGGAGGCAUGAGACAUCCACGAGCAAGGAGAGCUUCCACAGAUCCGGACGUGCUCAACAGGAAAGGCGUUUGGGCUUUGGAGCGACGCACGUACCGCAGGGGGUUACUGCAGCUGCUCCUUCAACACAAGACACGGGCUGCUGCAUUCGCUGCCAUUGCAUCUGCACUUCCACACUGCAUCCAUGUGCUUUCGCUACCGGGGCCGUUCACGCUGUUCGUUCCUGUAGACACCGGAUUCGAGUUCUCCCUUUCCCCCAACUCCUUGCGCAAAGUCGCAGCGCGGCUGCAGCUGCUGGCAGCCUCUGACCCUGCAACUGCUGCCUCUCUACAGUGCUAUGCGUUUCCCGCCUUCCCACGCCACCUUGAACAUCCAGAGAUGGAAACGCUGCUGCAGCAGCAGCGGCAGCUCACACCCGCUGCUGCCGCAGCAGCCGCAGAGGCCGCUCGGGAGAAACUUGCGCUGCUGAUUAAGGCGCACAUCGUCCCUGGAGCGCUCCCGCUAAAGCGCAUCCUUACACAUCCUUCUCAGGAUCCUGCGGAAGCAGAUGCAGCAGCAGCAGACAGCAGCGCUGCUGCUGGCUCUGCUGCCGUCACCGAGCUGCAUGCGUUGCUGGGGGGUGCAGGCGCUGGGGCUUUCGCUGUAGGCCCCUCUUUGGGGGGAGACCUCCUGAGAAUUCGCAAAGAAGUGUCGCUUGCGACUGCUGCUGCAGCGCUGCGCACUGGCAGCAGCAAUAUUUCGCCGAUCGUGCUGCAGCAGCACCAGAGACAGCAGCAGCCACAGAAGCAGCAGCAGCAGCUUGGACAAGGUUUGUUCAGAGUGUAUGUUGAGGGCGCUCGACUGCUUCAGGGGGACUUGCGAGCCGCGAACGGAAUCGUGCAUUUCAUAGAUAGGCCAAUCAUUCCCUCUGCCUUGCUUUUAGAGAUAAAGGCAUACGGGGCAGGAUGCAAAUCGCCCUGCGUUUUACAGUCUAUCUGCCCUCCGUUGUCUCUCCAAUGGGGGCGUUUGCUACUAGAACGGGCUAGACCCUACACCCCCAACAAGGACUGGAGAAGCUGGCGAAGUAGUUUAAGCUCAUCAAGUCUGUCUGGGAUCGAACUCUUCGGAUGGGAAAAAGGAAAGGGCUUAGCGCUGUACUCAGCAUUUAUGGCAUCAACAAAGGUAUAUGAAAUAGGCACAAGUGUGCAGGGCCAGUCGAAAUUCGAAGGGAAACAAUUAAGCCCGCGAUGGAAAGUCUCUCACUUCUUCCAAAAGGCCACUGGGUUCUCAGCUUCCGGAGUUCAGGAACUCCUGAGAGGCGCAGAUAGCGGCCCCAUAGCACAGUUUAUUGAUCAUGGGGCAAUUGCUGACUUUUCUCUUUGGAGCCCAUCGCGGAACUGCGUCCGAGGCCCUGGACGCGGUGUCGUCCUCGCCUGUGCUGCCUCCUCAGCUUCAGCUUUCGUUCGUCUGCUCCUAAUCACAAAAGGCGUCAAGCGUUCAGACCUCACCAGAGCUAUCCAUUUUGGUGUAUGGGCAUCCCGACGGCUCGCUGCCGCUGCUGGUUUCCCCCGGGUUUAUACGAUGGCAGGGGUCUCUCCUCUUUGGAGCCCUAGUGUUUUGUCUUCCUCUUCCUCCCUGGCCAGACCCUCUUAG